GACUGCUUUCAAUCGUGUUUAUGCUGCCAACAGCUCUGGACGCUACUAGAAACGUGAAGAUUUAUUCAAAGUGUUGAAGGAAAACAAGAUUAAUGAAAAUACAAUAAAAAAAUUGAAAAAUAAAACAAAAAUAAAAAUUUACAAAGUGCGUUUUGGUUUAAAACGGAAAUACCGACUGUUUUGUGUGGUAAAUUUUUAUUAAGUAGAAUAUUUACGUGUGUUUGGAGAGUAAAUUCUCUUUAGCAGCAGCAACUUAAGCAACAACAACAACAACUCCGCCCACGCAAUAAAUUGCGACGAAUUUUUCUAGAGCAAAGCAAAGCGAAAAUUUUUGCAAUUUUUUUGAUUUUCAACUGCAACUGAAACAACAACAGCAACAACAACAAUAUGUUCAGCUCAUUCACAGCAUCUCUCAAAAGCUUGGGCGAUAAGACCGCCAACCUUUUCAGUCGCAAGAAAGAUGAUGUUGAGAAAUUGGCCAAAGAGAAAGCCGACAAUGCAGGCAAAAUGGCCGAGGAGCAGGCCAAGGCCGUAGGACAAUCGGUACAGCAGACCAAGAGUGAAGCGGAAAAUUUGGCGGCCAGUACUGCCAAGGAAGCCGCCGAUUUGGCAGCUACUGAAGCCCAAAAAGCUGGUCAGGCCAUUAAUGCUGGUGUAGGCCAGGCUCAAGCCGCUGUAGAUCAUUCUAAGCAAACAAUCGACAGCACAGUGCAACAGGCGAAUGCUGCGGCUGCAAAUGCCAAGCAAGUGGCCGCCAAUGUGGCUGAGGCAUCACAGAAGGCUGCUGCCAAUGCUGUCGAUCAAACGAAGAAGGCUGCCAACGACGCGAUCAACAAGAGCGUCAAGGCUGCUGAACAGACGGUCGACACGAAAAUGAAGGAAGCCGAACAUGCCAUUGACGGCGCCGUUAAGCAGACUAGCCAAGCGGUCGAUCAGAAGAUGAAUGAAGCCAAUCAAUACGUCAGUCAAAAACGUGAAGACUUGGAGAAGACUAUCCACGAUGGCGCCGUGAGCGCACAAGAUUCUGCUGGUAACCAAGCUGCCAAUCUGCUGGGCAAACUACACCUUGGCAAGUAAAGAGAGCAGGCUGCUUUUUAACAGUUGGCAGGAAGAAAAGAAGGAGGAAGUUCGGAGGGGAAGUGGAAAGGAGGAGUUAGGAGUUUAGUUAUAUAAUUUGUAAUAUGUGGCAAUUUUUAAAUAAGCAGAUGGAGGAAACUGAAAGAAAUAUAAAUAAACCAAUAAUACGCAAUGCGCAAGAAGAAUGUUGGAAAUAGCAACAAAAAGCAAGUACACACAAGCAAAUGCAAAAACACAUACACUUACAGGAAACUAGAAACCCAGCGGCAUGAAAGCGCGAAAUAAAAUAGAUAUUAAAAUAUUGGAGCUGUAAAUGUGAAAUGCAGAAAACAAAAACAAAACAAAAAAUUUAAAUAAAAUUGCAAGAAAAAAUAUUUAAAAAAAAUUCAAAGUGAAGUUAGAUCAAGUAAUUUGAGAGGAAUGUAAAUUGUAAAUCGUUAGCUUGCGAAAAGAAGAUUCAUUAGCUUCUGGAAUUUUGUGAAAAUUUAAAAAAAUCAAAUAACAAGUGCCAGUUUUGUGAUCGUAAUGCCGAAAAAAUAUAUUUUCAAAAUGCUUUUAUAAAUAUAUCGGCAACGCAUACAUAUUUACAGUUAUAAAAGUAGUGAGAAACGGAGUAAUGGAACGGAGUUGAUUUCUAUGAAGUAUUUACAAAAAAAGUACUGGGUUCUUGCAACCGUAAAUUCAGAAAAACGGGAAAAUCAUACAACAAGCACUGCUGUUUAAUUAGCAAUUCAAAAAAGAUUAAAAAAAAAGAUAGAAAUAAAAAAUUUAAAUUUUAAAUGUCCAAAAGCAAAUGUGUCCAUCAUAUUAAAAAAAAAAAUAUGUAGGUUCAACAAAAUAAAAAAGGAAGAAAAUUAUUUUGUAAAAGAAAUUUGGAGCAAAAAAUUUAAAUAUGUUUGAGUUUUUGAAGUACAUUUUUCACUUAGUUUUUUGAUCUUUUUUUUUUCAAAAAAAAAAAAAAAUGCUUUUUUUU